AUGCCUGGGAAAAGGCCUUUAAAUGCAGCCAUCAUCCCAAGUGCCAAAAGGGAACGGAAGGCGAUUACCCUGGACAUCAAGCUAGAAGUGCUAAGGCGUUUCGAAGUGGGUGAGAAGCUCAGCCAGAUCGCAAAGGCUCUGGGCCUCGCAGUCUCCACAGUGGCGACCAUCCGAGAUAAUAAAGAAAAAAUCAAAGCGAGUUCUCAAGUAACUACGCCCUUGAGAGCCUCUCGGCUGACUCGCCACCGGAGUGCAGUGAUGGAGAACAUGGAGCGGCUGUUGAGCGUGUGGCUGGAAGACCAGAGUCAGCGGAACGUGCCCAUGAGUGUCUCCGCCAUUCAGGAGAAGGCUAAGAGCUUGUUUGAUGACUUGCAGCGCCAACAGGGCGAAAGCUCUCAAACGGAAAAGUUUAGUGCAAGUAAAGGGUGGUUUGUGAGGUUCAAGGAACGCCAUUGUUUACCCCACUUCAAGGUGAACAGCACUUCUCCCGGCAGCAAUGCGGACACAUAUCCGGAUGUGCUGAAAAGCCUCAUCGAAGAAGGUGAGUACACCUCCCGGCAAGUUUUUAAUGUAGAUGAGACCGGGCUUUAUUGGAAGAGGAUGCCCGAAGGAAUGUUUAUUUCCGUGGAGGAGAAAGCUGAGCCAGGCUUUAAAUCAUCCAAAGAUCGCCUGAUGCUGCUUCUUGGCGGCAAUGCGGCGGGGGACUUCAAGUUGAAGCCCCUGCUGGUAUACCGCUCCGAAGACCCCGAGGCUCUGAAAGGGUACUCGAAGCCCAACCUGCCUGUGAUUUGGCGCUCAAACAAAAAGGCUUGGGCCACCAGGGCCAUUUUUCAUGAAUGGUUCACAUACUUUUUUUGCCCUGCUGUUGAAAAAUACUGUGCUCAAAAUAACCUCACCAACAAGGCAUUGCUCAUCCUAGACAGCGCACCCUGCCACCCAGUGAAUCUCAGCGAUCUGUCUGACAAUGUCAGAGUGGAGUAUCUUCAAGACAGUACAGCUGACUCCAUGCAGCCCAUGGGACAAGGCGUGGCCUCCAUUUUCAAAGCUCAUUACCUGAGAAGGAUUUUUGAGCACAUCCUGGAAGCAACCGAUGGGGAGGAUAAGGCUACAAUCAGGGAGUUUUGGAGGAACUAUGACAUUGUGGAUGCUGUAGACAACAUUGCAGUAGCUUGGGAGGAGCUGAAACCAGCGACAAUGAACAGUGUGUGGAAGAAGAUUUGGCCCGAGUGUGUUCACUUCCAGAGUUUUUCCCAAACAGAUAACAUUGCAUGGCUUCAACGAAACAUCAUGGCCCUUGCCAAGAAUGUGGCCUUUGAAGAGGUUGUAGAAGCAGACGUGGGCCGGUUACUGCAGUCUCAUGAAGAAGACCUCUCUAAUGAAGAGCUGAUGCAGCUGGAACGGGAACGGGCAGUGGGAGAGGGAGAGAAUGAAGAUGCUCCCCCUGCCCUGCGCCAGCUGACCACAGAAGCUUUGUCAGUGGCCUUCUCACAUUUUGAGGCUGGAUUACAGAUUCUGACGAGUAACAGCCCUGAUGAGGAAUGGAAAUUCAAAGUUUCAAGAGCAAUCAAUGAUGCAAUAAACUGUUAUAGGGAACUAUACAAUGAGAAGAAGCGGCGUUCCAAGCAGCUGUCUUAG